UGCCUGCCGGCCGCUUGCUAGCCGCAUCUGAGGCGUCAAAUGGCCAAGCAUGUGCAUGGCGCCAGCACGCGCGGCAGUGGGCGCGGGGGCUCUCUCGCCACGCUGCUUACUGGCAUGGUGCUUGGCGCAACCCUUACGCUCGUCCUCGUGCAACUGAACGCUGCCUCUAAGUUGGCAGGAUCGCGGCCAUUCAGGUUCUUUGGACCCUCGCGGCUGCACAAGGUGGUGGAGCACCAGCACUACCGCGAGCACCUGCAGGAGCUGAUGGAGGCCGCGGAGCCGCAUUUCGUGCUGUUCACCAGCGGCGUUAGUUCAGACGGCAGCCCCUGGUGCCCCGACUGCUCCAAGUCGAACCCAAUCAUCCGGGAGGUCAUCUUCGCUGCGGGCGGCUCCUUGCUCGAAGUGACAGCAGGCGACCGCAACGAGUGGGCUGACCGGAAGCACCCCAUCAGGGUGGACGCCCAGUGCCCGGUGCACUACGUGCCCACGCUCUACUACUGGACGCCGGCCGGCUGCGGCUCCUCCAUCGCCAACCCGCUCAACAGCGACGAGCAGGACGAGACCCUGCGCCUGCUGGUCGCCAAGUUUGUAGCAGAGACGGCGGCAGGGCAACGAUACGUGGACGCCGUGACCAAAGACAUCAUAGCUUCAGGCGGCAAGGCCUGCAACAGGUGCUGAGGCGUCUAGGGGCAUACACUGAGCAGGCGGCAGUGUGCGCACGCGGCUGUGAGGCUUCGGGCGCGGACCUGAGCUGGACACAGGCGCUUAGGCCCAGCCGCACAGGCGCAUCACGUGUGCCCCGGCUGGCGCUGACGGACUGGUGGUGGCCCGCCAGAGGGUAUUGCCGUAGAUCGGGUGUCGCACGGUUGAUGUCUGGGCUACUCACCAGUCUAGUUACCGAAACUUCCCUGCGCUAAGGGUGCCCUAGUGAACGGAACUCGGGUAGCCAACGGCAGCACGCAUACCGUAUUUUUAGUCACUUUGGUGCUUCAGUAAGAAUGCACGUUAUGCUUUAGGCAAGGACAACGAUGGGUGCGGUCACAGGACCCCGGGGGGGGGCGGCCUGCCUGUGGUUUGGCGAGGUUGGGGCGCAGGAGGCGGCACCGCGGCAGUAUGAGCCGAGCGCAGCCGCGCUCCUCGUGUGGGUCGACAACAGUGAGCCUGUGAUGUGAGACGUCACACUUGACAUGGAGAGUGCGGACCGGCAAGGUUGAGUGGAGACCAGGCGUGAACCCACAGAGGAGGCGUUGCUGCAUGAGUGCUCAUGCGUUUGGGCCGCUGAGCGGAACGUGUGGUUGCAACACUCGCGAUACGGAUGCGAUCACAGUGUGAUUACUGCAAGGAUUACUGGCUUUUGAUAGGCACUCCCGAACUGGGUUUAGGAUGAAUGAUUCCCUGCUUCACUGAUGCAACAUGCGACCACGUGGAUACACUCAUACACCGUAUGGAUGCGGAUGUUACAGAGGGGACAUUCGUACCGUAUGCACCCAGGGAACGUGUAUGGGGGUUCGGCUCGGGUUUUGGUUGGCAGUGGGUGCAGGCGGUGCAUUCGGUGCGAGGCGGGAAUCCUAUAAAUCCUGAUGUGCGUGGGUGCUCAUCCGCCUCCUUGCGCAGACCUUGCUGUCCCCUACUAAUCUACUUACCUCG